AGCUGCUUCCUCUCAGGCAGUGAUGAAGACACCCCCCUGGGUAGGUGCCGGACGAGCGGUUCGUGCGGAUGAAGCGGGCGGUGAAGAUCAGCUGUUUGUUGGCGAUGACGGCCCUCUUUUUAAGCGUCUGGAUCCUGUCCUUCGCGCGAUACGCCAAACAGGUGUUUGCUGGAGUUGCGUUAGAGUCACAUGCCCUGACUGUGAAAAGUUUCUACAAACUGGAUGCAGGAUGGCCCAAGUUUCCUGAAUACUUCACAGGUCAAGUAUUUGGUGUUGCCGUGAAUCCAGUAGCUGGAAUUGUUUAUGUGGCUCAGAGAGGAGAUUCUAUUCCAAAAGUUCUGAUGUUCACAGAGGAUGGAUACUUCCUGCAUUCGUGGAACACCACAACCAUCGAGAUGCCACAUGGGAUAUUUGUAGCCAAUGCUUCAUCACCAUAUUCAUCUGUGUGGGUAACGGAUGUUGGAAAUGGGAAGUACGGACACACUGUGAAGCAAUACACUUACUCUGGAAAACUUCUUCAAAUCCUGGGGACGCCAGGAAUUCCUGGCUCUGACCUGUACCCCUUGCAGUUUGAUCAGCCGGCAGAGGUGUUUGUCGACUCCAAAGGCGAUAUAUAUAUUGUGGAUGGAGAUGGAGGGUUGAACAACAGGCUCGUCAAACUAUCACAAGCCUUGGAGGUAGUCUGGGUCAGAGGAGAAAAAGGAUCUGGUCCUUCUCAGUUCUACAUUCCACACAGUGUAACUGUCGAUGCUGAAGAAAGGGUUUGGGUGGCUGACCGGGGGAAUAAGCGUAUUCAGGCUUUCGAGGCAGCCUCGGGACAAUGGAUAGGAUCGUGGGACAGCUGCUUCACAGAUGACGCUCCUUACUCUGUUCGGCUGACAUCCGAUAACAAGUACUUCAUCGUGGCUCAGCUGAACAUCAACAGGGUGUCUUUUUUGACUGCCCCACAAGUUGGAGACAUUGGGAAGUGCCACAUAGUGGAUGCCAUUCAAAUGGCAGAUGACGUCAAACCGCAUUUGGUGGGAGUGAAUUCAAAAACUGCAUCCAUUUAUGUAGCAGAAAUUGGUGCUCAGCAAGCUCAAAAAUUUGUACCGUUCAACUGAAACUGCUCUUCCUUCUAUGACAGGGUAACAAUUUAAGCGUCUGUGUACUGCUGCUCAAAUUUCAGUUUCUAACAUUUGCACUGAGCAGUUUACAAUAAUAAUAUGGAUGAUGUGAUCCCAGUGCAGAGAAUCUGAAACAUUUUGGUCUCCGUCCUGUUGAUGGUAAAGCUAAAGGUUGUUGAGCAUUAUGAUUCAGGGGUGAAACAAUGCUCAUUGGGAAAAAAAUAGCCAAAACAUCAGCCAAUCGUACCCUCCAACUCUUCUGAUCCCAACCCGCUACUGUCCAACUCCUUGGGAUGUACUCCUGACAUGAAAGGCGCUAUACAAAUUUAUGUGUUGUUAUUUGUGCUUAGUGAUAACUUGAUUACAUAGCAAGGAUUAUUAAAUUUGGCUUCCCUGUUUAUGUGAGUUCUUCACCAACAUUUCUAUCCAGUUUCUGUGACAAUGGAUUUUUCAUUUCUUGAUCUGUCAUUUUGCGUCAUAUUAUGUAAUUGCCCGCACUCUUCUCUCCAAAUCAGGCAGAAAUGUUUACUCGGAGAUAUCCACUGCCUGAAAGGGUGGUAGAAGCAGAUUCGAUAGCUUUUAAAAGG